CCAGCAGCAGUUCAGCCAGAAGAGCAAGCAAAGGGCCACGACAACUUGACCUAUUCUUUCAGCUGAAGCGAAAAACAGAAAACAACAGCAGAACCAUGAAGACCUUCGCCAUCCUCACCCUCUUCGCCGUGCUGUCCGUCUGCCUGUCCAACCAAGACAUGGCCAUGGAGGCUUCCUUUGACCCUGAAGCAGCUGCAGCUGCGGCCCCCGAUGCCUCGGCCUCCUCCUCGGCCUCAGACUCCUCUGCCUCCGAUUCUUCAGCCUCCGACUCUUCCGCCUCCGACUCCUCCGCUUCUGACUCCUCCGCCUCGGAUUCUUCAGCCUCCGACUCCUCUGCCGCCGAUUCCUCGGCUUCCGACUCUUCUGCCUCCGAUUCCUCGGCUUCUGACUCCUCCGCCUCCUCUUCUUCCUCCUCUUCCUCCGAGUCUACUGAAGACGCUACCACGGCUGCCCCUGAGGUGGAGGUGAUCGUGAGGAAGAGGGACGUGGCCGCUGCCCUCCUCAGGAGACACAGGAGAGCCGGAACGCCCGCCGCUGACCUCUCCCCCGUGCAGCUGGAGAGUCUGCAUGAGGUGUGCGAGGUCAACCUGGCCUGCGAGCACAUGGCCGAGACAGCAGGCAUCGUCGCUGCCUACACAGCCUACUACGGACCAGUGCCUUUCUAAACCGCCUCGCACAACCAGGCAGCUAGAGCCUCUGGAAUCUGCUUCUUCCAACAACCCCCUUCCUUUUUUUUGUGAGAGUGCAAGAGAGAAAGAGUGAGUGAUAGAGAGUGAGUGAGUGAGUGAGUGAGAAAGUGAGUGAGUGAGUGAGUGAGUGAGACUUUACAAACAGGACAACCACUUUUAUUUCUGACAGUGCCACGAAAAGCAGCGAGUGGUUCCGUCCCCACCGCUUGAGAGCACCCUCAAUGGUGUCGGUGGCCUGGGGGGGUUUAAGUGAUUUUUAGAAGACCCGCAAACGAAACCAGCUCUGCUUUUAGAAACAGCAGGAGCUGCCAGUGCUAAAACACAGAGUAGCGCACUCCUGAGCGUGCUUCUGACCCAGGCCCGUGCACUAUUAUGUGGAUGUGAGGGACAUGAGGCCUGGAAAGAAAUACUGAUGUAAAUAUGGCCUGGGGUUGCUAAAGAAAAGUUAUGUUUGCUAAGUUUGGAGCUGAAAGUCUUUCUCUGUGUGUUGCUGUUCGAGGUGUAUUGCUUCUAGGUAUUCUGCAGUUUACUAACCUGAAAGUCAACUCAGUUGAUAUAUUAACUUAUUGAGUUUUACAAGUGACAGUUACUGGCAGUGCAAGCCAUGAUAAUUGUUGCAUAAUGUAAAACUGAACGGUGCUAUUUCCACUUUUGUGUGGAUUCUACUACCAACUGUACACACUUUGCCUUUGCUAUUUGAAAGUGGGAAAUCUCUCACUGAGAGUGUACUCAUCCAUCCAUGUGAUUGACAGAAGUUGCAGCUGUCAGUUUUCUUAUGUAUUGUUUUUACUAAUGUGCACAUAAUUUGUGUAAAUGUAUACAGUGGAUCACACCACUUUUGC